GUCCUUGUGGAGGAUAUAGGGGACGUCGCGUGUUACGCUCAGCACUUUUCUGCAGAAGAGACAACAAGAGCAUCAUGUCGAGUCCGCGAGCAAAGAGCCCGAGGAGACAGAGUUUUGUCACGCUGUCCAUCAUUAAAUACUGUUGCCACUGAUGCUGCUACAGAUGAACUUUUUACUUCUGUCACGGAUUUUCAUUAUGGAAAACUGUGAGUUUUAAGGACGCAGUUUCAAGGCGCAGUUUUGGAUAAGGCUCACGCGUAAUUGCGCACAAGAAAGUGGCAUUAUAGCAGCUCUUUGUGCGCACCGAAGUCACUGCUGGACCGCCUGAGAUGGAUCAGUCUCAGCAGUGUGUAGCUAUGUAUCUCCUGGUGCUGUCUCUCGGACAUCUAAUUGACAGGGGAGGUUGUCAGCACUACUACCUUCUCCGUCCCAUCCCGAGUGACAGUCUGCCUCUUGUGGAAUUAAAAGAGGACCCAGAUCCCGUCUUUGACCCCAAGGAGCGGGACUUUAACGAGACCGAAUUGAAGAAUGUACUGGGAGAUUUUGACAGUCGCUUUUUGUCCGUUUUACCGCCCAUGGACGACAGAUACACCGGGAACGAGGAGCUGGGUGAUUUCCAGAUCCAGAAGCCUGGUGGAGUACUGCCGAAGGAAAUCAGAGCGGUGGAUUUCGACGUCCAGUUUGGCAAAAAGCACAAGCCAAGUAAAAAACUGAAGCGUCGGCUGCAGCAGUGGCUGUGGGCGUACUCGUUCUGCCCGGUGCUGUACACCUGGACCGACCUGGGGAACAGGUUCUGGCCACGGUUCGUGCGGGUUGGCAGCUGCCUCAGCAAAAGGUCGUGUUCGGUUCCUGAGGGGAUGGUGUGUAAGCCUGCAAACUCGACCCACCUCACGAUAUUGAGGUGGAGGUGCGUGCAGAAGAAAGGACUCAAAUGCGCAUGGAUACCGGUGCAGUACCCCAUCAUCACAGAUUGUAAAUGCUCCUGUUCCAGUUAAAAGACUCUGCAGCAAAAAUAAAUUACAGACUUAAUAUUUUUGCGAAUCUUCUUUCACAUGCACUACCGAGUGCAGGAACGUAUUUUCUGUAUAUGCGGUGUCCUAUAUAACUCUCUGUAAAAAGCCAGUAUUAUUUGUAACCAGAGUCUACUUUAUUUGUGGAGAAUAUUGGUUAUAUAUUUUGUAUUUAUGGAGAUACGACGCAUUGUGCCAAGUUUGAGGACUUGCGGUUGUCCAUAUUUGGAUGAAGCAGCUCGACCUCCGCGUGUAACUUUGAUUAUUGAUACAGCCAUGUAUUGGUGACUUGUUUUAACCUGUAAAUUAAGGAAAUUUGCUAUUUAUUCUUUAUAUCCGUACAAUAA